GCGGGCCGCCCGCCGGCCGCGUCAUUCGAAAAUCGCUUGGCGGGCCGGGCAUCCUAUUCGUCCUGCUCUUCUUCCUCCUCUUCCUCUUCCCCCGGAGGUCCGCACGGGGCUGUUCCGGGCGCGGCGCGGCUUUUCGGGACAAGUGCGAGCCUUGGCCGGUGAGGGCUUGCGGAAGGGAAAUACGGGUUCUGGCUCUGCUCGGUGUCGCUCUCUUCAGCGAUGGCUGCGUGGGAGGCCGCCGAAAUGUCCUUCAAUCUGAGCGACGUGAGAGAGCGGAUGCGGGAGAAGAAAAAGGGUUCCUUAAGGACUGCGAAGUUGAAUGCCUCGCUUGCAUCAAAAAUCAAGACGAAGAUCAUCAACAACUCCUCCACUAUGAAAGUCUCCCUAAAGCAGAACAAUAAAGCAUUGGCUCUAGCCCUCAAUGCAGAGAAAGCCAAUGCACAGCGGCUCACCCAGGAGAAGACCGUCUUACAGAAGGAGGUGAAGCAGUGCCACUUCCAGAACGCCGUGCUGCGGCACCGGCUCUCCUUCCUGAAUGAUAUGUUGAAAAAGAUGGACAAUCUUUUGGCUGCAGUUAAGAUGGCCGAGCUGUCUGAGUUCCAUACAAAUUCUCCAUCCUUGUCCAGGGGCCAGACAAGCAGCAUGACUGAAGAUAGCUGGGCUGAUGAUAUUGCAGAUGGUCAGCUUCUGAGGCUUACACGGAUGCCAAUGAGAGUGCCCAUUUCCAAGCUACGUGAUGCAGAGCAGCAAGCUAGCAGCUCCACAACAGUACAAACAUCCUCAGGAGAACUUCAGAGACCUGCUUCUAAUGAGCCCCCAAAAAUUGUGCCUGUUGCCUCCAAAGAUACCUUGCCACCACAGCAUGAUGAGAAGCUUCAGUUCCACCAAGAGGAGAAUGGCAAGAAGGUGACUGAAGCAACAGCAACAGAGGAGGCUUUUCAUGACUCUCGCAUCUUUGGAGCAGAGGUCUUGUGCAGCACUGAACAAAAUCCCAACAAUUUGCCAGCACUUCCAUGGGAAAGUCAUACUCUUUCAUAUGAGGCUGAUGAGAUGGUGAAGCAUUUCUUUGAUCGUUUUUCACAAGGGCACGUUACUCUGAGGAGAAAACGUUCCACCCUGUUUGCUACAAGCACUCCAUCUUCUGCUCUGGAUGUCUUACCACAUGGCAGUUCUAUUCAGGCAGCUCGGGGUAGUACUGCACAGGACAACAGCAGCUCCAGCAAGAACACCAUACAGCAACAUCUGAGAUCUCCCAGCCCCCUGGCUUCACCUGCUCAAACUGCUGCUAUUUCUCAUAGAAACUCUGUGAGUAAAGAGACCUUUUGUGAGCAACCACAGACAAAAGAAAUGGGAUGUGGUGUUGAAACGGACCCCAGCUAUAGCCAAGUCCCUGAGUUUGUUCCUGUAAAGGUUAAAAGCAAAGGUAACUGUAAAACUGGAGAGAAAAAGACUGUUAAGAAAGCAAGAACAGAAAAAAAGAAAACAACUGCAAUUAAAAACAAUGCAGAAAGUAGUCCUGAUAGAUCUCAAGAUGAAGAGUGUGCUCAAAAUACAAAAAUCCUUCUUCAGCCAGAAGUUGCAACAUGUUCUGGUGAAACUGAAAUCUGUGAGAUGAGGCAGAAGACAUGUGAGGCUUUUGACAGGAAGAAUAAAGGUGGUGGUGUGGACCACCAUUCCCACUCUCCUGAUGGAGUCCAAAACUUUGGAAGUACAUAUGAGGUGAAUCCAGCACAGCUGCAGAGUCUUGAAAGUGUUGACUUAAUGCAACAGGUUAAGAAGGGACCUAUGUUUGAGAUGCCAAGUAUGGAGAGCUUGCUAAAAACCCCAGUUCAUACCUUCUCAAGUCAUGAAAUUCCCUCAGGUGAUUCCAGUCUACAAAAUUCUACAAAAUUCUCAAGUGUGAGCAGAAAGAGCAUCAGACAGAAAAUCAACCGAAAAACUAGAGUAAUUGGGCAAAGAGAUGAUUCUGAUGAGGAAUAUCUACCAAAAAGUGUGAUAAUACCAGAGGCCAAAGGUGAAGAACAGCCUAAAAAAAGCCAAAGAAGCAGGAAGAAUACUGUCAGAGAAAGCAAUUGUGAUCAGAGAAAUGACGUUAAUGUUUUUAGGCCCUGGAUAGACGUUCAAGGGGCAGCUAAUGAGAGCACAAAGGAUUUGCCAGGUAAUCUUAAACAGCGCAGGGAAACGUAUAUUGUCCAUCCUUUGGAUCUUGCAGGAAACUUGGGUUGUUCCCAGACAGAAUUUGAAGGGAGUGAAAAUGUUCCUCCCAGGUCUGUUCCUGGGAGCAAAGCAAGCAAAAUCCCCAGAGCUGCUAAGAGCAAUCGAAAGAGCAAUAAAAAACAGACAGGGGACCUUCAAAAAAAAGGGCAAAGUGAAGUUGACAACAACAUGAAUGCUUUGAAACAAGAAGCCUCCUGCAAACGUAGGCCUCAGAGCAAGAGCAGCAGCUCUCAACCUUCAGAGACUGAUUCGCUGGCUGGAAAAAGUGAUGGUGCCAAGGUUCUCAUUGGAAUUUCCACAGAACUUGCAUCCAAGCAAACUGGACUGAUGGGGAAGUUUUCCUGCAUUACACAUCUGCUGUCUGAGCCAGAUGCUUUCCUGGACGAGCAGCUACCAGACGUAUCACUUGCAGAUAGUCUUACUGACCUUUCACACAGUCUUGAAUCCUCCCAUGUGAGUGGUUCUGCAGUUCUGCCUGUCAGCUCCAGACUUACAGAAGCUCCAGUUUCCAAGAGCUUAAGUACUGAGGACAAGAAAAUGACAGCAAAAUCCCAUGCUUCGUUGAAAAACUCCCAGAUAUUUAAAGAAAAGACUGAAGAGGACAUACCUGGGGAAAAGAACCAAGUCCAGUCAAGUUCUUGCAGCUCAUCUUCACAGAAACCUGGUAUCAGGCCACUACAAGACUUGAACAAUAUCAGCAUUCUGUCUCCCUCUGGCUCAGAGGAAGCAUCAGGGCGCUCAUCCAGGCGGAAACUGAAGCCAACCUGCUACAAAGAGCCAUCAAUCAAUAGGAAACUGAGGCAGGGUGAUCCAUUUACAGACACCAAGUUCCUCCACUCUCCUCUCUACAAAAAAAAAAAGAAGCCUGUCAAGACCAAGGAAAUGACCAAGAAGAGGAAAGAGGACAAAGAAUGGCUUCCUGAAGGAUGUCUCAGUGCCAAGGCAGGCAAGUUCGUAACAACAGAAAGUAGUCAGGAUUAGAAUAGUGGUUGAAAGGCAGCCCCCAAGCUCCUAGAAACUUGUGCAUUUAGCUGCAAGGCUCCAACUUUGAACACAGAGGCACGAGCAAAGAUGGAGGUGGCUGACCAGGCAGCUGAACUGUUCCAACUAAGGCAACCCAAGGACCAAUUUGACAAAUCGAGCCUUGUAAUGUGGAUUUCUUCUGUUUUCAAAUCUUUGGGACUCAUGAGGUGGGGAAAAUUGAUGGAUGUCUGUUUUAAUGAUGGGCAUGGCCCUUACAUGCUGUAUGAAUAGCCCCUAGUUAUCUUUUGCUUCCUUCCUGUUCUCUCCCUGUCUGCCAUGUAAAGCUCCCUGCAGCAGAAGAUGAGCCCAACCAAGAUUAAGGAAUAUUUGAAACAUGGUGUGUAGAACCUAAGCAUGUCUUGUCUCAAACAUUCUGAUUAUUGCUACAGAAAAGGUGAUCAGAGGAGAGGGUCCCGUGGGACAGAGCUUUUUAUAAACAUCUCCCCUUUUCCUAUGAUUCCUUGCCCUUGUUAUAAAGUACUGCCUUCAGCCUUCGCUACCUUGAAGUACUGGAAGGUGUGAUAAGGUCUCCCUAGCACCUUGUUUUCCAGACUGAACAACCUCAGCUUUCUCAGCCUGUCUUCAUGGGAGAGGUAUUUCAGCCCUCUGAUCAUCUUUGUGUCCUCCCUCUGGCUUUGCUCCAGCAGGUCCAUAUAUCCCUUUUAAGCUGGGAAUCACAGAGCUGGACAACAGUACUGCAGAUGGGGUCAGUUGUGUUUCAGGAAAUCCUGUACUCUUCCAUUGCAGGCUGAGUUCAAGCACUUCUAGGGUCUACUGGUGUAACUUUGAAGGUUAUUGAUUCUAAAUGUUUGAGAGAGUGGUGGGGAAAAGAAAGGAUCAAACUGGUAGUGAAAAGGAAGGAAAUGUGCCUGUUUGGAAGCAAAGUGUUUCCUCUGUGGCAGAGCAGGGAGAGGGCUGCUCUUUUUUUCUGACCAUACUUACUGCUUCUUCUCCUCAGCAACAUCCAUCAGUUCAUGAGGAUAGGCUGGGUCUUGUUGUACUCUGUACUCAGAGGACUACAGAAGAUGUAAAGUUCAUUAGUAGAGGGAGAAUAGUGUCAUCUGCAGUCAGGUAAAUGCUACUACAUAGCUUACAUUUAAGCUGUACCGUUAAGUCAUUAAAACUAGGAAACAAAAGCCUAAGAUUCAAAAAUGCCCUCUUACCUAAUUAUUUAUUUGUUUUCUGGAAGUUACCAAGCUUUCUCUGGUACUCUGGAAGCCAGGUAGGAGCUUGUAAAUAACGGGGAAUUUGUUAUUGGUGCUGUUGUAUUGGAACAUGCCUGUGUUAACCCACUGAUGUCAGAAGCCAGGCAGGAAUGCAGAUCUCCAGCUGUUCCCAGUAAUAGUUUUCAUUGCCUCUAUGGGUCAGAAAUGCAGUUUUUCCAGCUGCACUUAUGUGCUUGUGCUAAUAACAGUAGCUUGUAUUCAUUCAUGUUGAAGGUACGGAGACAGCUGCUAGCAGUUACAGAGCUGUGCUUCAAACACAUGGUAAUAGUCUAACAUUGGUAUCUCUAGCCUAAUCACCACCUCUAGCAGUCAGCUGGAGGGGGAAGAGUUUGUUUAUGUGUAACCAGUUUCUGUUUUGCUGAGUGAUGAUGUAUUAGUUUGUAUUACUCCCCAAAUAAAAUUUCAAUGCAAGUGGUA